AUGAAGCCCUUGGCAGCUAUGGUAACGCAGCUCCCUGCUGCAACCUGGCCACCAGAGGUAUAUUCGGAGCCUGAUGUGGAACCGCUGGCGGAAAACGUGCCAAAACUGCUCGCCACACUCGGUGUUGCACUCUCUCAUGAAUCCGCCGGUAGUCCACGACCCCGACACCAGCCUGCUCAGCCUCCAGCUCUGCCGCCACGGGCAACUUCCCUGCCCCCACAGGCAUCGGCUCUACCACGGCCUCUAGCACCACGACCUCUACCUGGAUCCAUCUCGCUGCACUUCUGA